AUGGCCCAUCAAUAUAGGAUAGUAACGAAUACGGAGCCCGAAAAGGACCCUUUGAAUAAUGAAAAUCACGAAAAAUUCGACAGAAGAAUGCCGAUGAGUCUGAGCAAGUGGCAACUGACCUGCCUCACCAUAAGCAUGGGAGGUCUUCAAGUUACCUGGGUUACGAUCAUGGCCGAGGGUUCUCCAUUCUUACUAUCCCUUGGACUUGCACCUUCCCUGAUAUCGCUUGUUUGGCUGGCUGGUCCAAUUUGUGGCACGGUCUUACAGCCAUUCCUUGGAUAUAAAAGUGAUGCUUGUACUCACAAAUGGGGCAGAAGAAAACCAUUCAUCUUCUACGGUACAAUUGGCGGAAUAGUUUCCAUGAAUCUGCUGGCCUGGACAAAGGAAAUAAUCUGGCUCAUCUGUUACAUUCUUAGUGUGGAUCCUUACGCCCUUGGUCCGACUCUGAUCACCAAGAUACUUGCAAUUGCAUGUAUAUGGGCACUAAAUGUAUCACUUCAGCCCGUCCAAGUCGGUCUUAGGUCGCUCACUGUGGAUUCUUGCCCGCCUAGUCAACAAGUCACUGCGAGUUCCUUUACCAGCUGCAUCGUUAUUCUCGGUAGCAUAAUUGGCUACGGAUGUGGGUUCUUGAAAAUGCCCAUUCCGAAUAUCACUGGAUGGAUAGAAAACUCUCAGUUCAAAGGUCUUUGCUUGCUCGCCUCAAUUUUACUAGGAUUGACCGUUGCCAUUACCCUUACCACAACAAGAGAGAACAGUCCCGCCACAGACUAUCCACUCCUGAAAAAGGUGGGUUUCCGGCAGAUAUUCCCGGAGAUCUACAAAACCACCAGGUCCUUACCUCGAAAGAUCAAGAUGGUAUUUGAGCAAACUUUUAUUCUGAUUGCUAAAAUGGGCCCACCUUCCACCAGAUUUUACAAUGCACUUCACGAGCAGUCUCUCCGCCACGGGACAUUGGCACUCCUUCUCUUUUCAUGUGUCGCCCUUGUUACAAAUAUAGGCCUUCCCUAUAUGGUACGGCAAGAGAUAUCAAACACCACAAGCCAAUUUGUUCGAAAAGAGAAACGGAGUUGUGCUCGAAUGGGGACUUAUAUGUCCAUUUCUCGAGCAUGGAUGAGCUCACACGUUUUGAUGUCCGUCUGUCUUUUUGGUUUAACUGUGGGAGACAGUUUUAUCUCUUCCGUUGUCUUUGUCGCCCUGCUCGGAGUCUGCUGGGGUCUCACUCAAUGGGCACCUUUUGCCAUAAUCGGGGAAGAAAUCGCCACAGACCCCAAGCCCAAUAUCUCAUCUCACUGUAUAAGUGAACCACCAUCCCCAAGACGGCAGUAUUUCGAUGACAAUCGAGAUGUUGAGUCGAAGGAUUACGACCACCAACAAGGGAACAUAAAAUCCAUGGCGGCCACUGCAAUGGGCGUCCACAACAUUGCUAUUGCUAUGCCACAGAUGGUAUCUGCAGUCACUAGCAGUUUGAUUUUUGGGAUUUCUGGACCGUCACACCUCGGCCCAGUAGAGGCAUUGGCUUGGAUUUUGCGAGUCGGAGUUGUUGCUGGGGCAUGCACUGCUUAUUUGGCCAGACGGAUCGAAUAA